AUGAAAUCAGCAAUCAAAAUGUUAUCUAUCAUCCUAAUCCUAUUAGCAUUAUCAUUUAGUGUGACUAAUGCUGCUUUAUCAUGUUAUUCAUGUACUGAUUGUGGAACUUCAUGGGAUAUAUCUAAAACUACUGUAGUUGCAACAUCUGGUUCUAGUGAUUAUUGUCGUAAAACAGUAACAGGAAAUACUGUUACUAAAGAUUAUGCGUCCAGCUGUACGCCAGCUAAUAUACUUGGCAAUGGAAUUUUUUGCUGCCAAACAGAUUUAUGUAAUUCAGGAAGUAAACAAUCAAUAACAAUGAUGAAUCUUGGAUUUUUAACCGCUUCAAUAUGGGCAAUUUAUCAUUAUAUGUAUUGA